AACGUUGUUGUUGGAGGAAACAUAAAAUAGAAAGAAAUUAAAAUGGCGCUUACAGUUGAAGUUGGGAAAAGAUGCAGAAAAUGAAGGUCACAUGUAAGGCUUUGUGGAUAAAUAUUACUUAAUCUGAGAUACAAUGUGGCAAAUACUACAGAUUCAAAAGAGUAGACACUCUUUCCUUUUUUUCUUCAGUGGUGGUUGAACUGCAAACAUUUUGCUAUGUGGUUCAUAUGGAUAACAAUGUUUUAGAUACAUCCGUAAUGGCAAAUGAACACCAACAACAUAAUGUAAGCCAUGUGGGCAAUAUUCCGGCACGUCCUCAGUAUGAAAGAAAAUCUAAAUUAUUAUUUUUAGAAAAGAUGUUGAAUUUUGAGGAUUCUUUUAAUGAGGAUUCUUUUCAAGGAAAAACAUGCAAAACAAAGAAUUCUUUGUUAAAGAAAACUAAAAAACUGAAGUUAUCUGCUUUAAACAGUACAUUUGAUGAUCCUGUCGAUAGCAAGUCUGAUGAAGAUCUUUUAGUCUCAUGUGAUAAAAGAAGGAAGAAACCAGUACACUCAACAAAAGUUAAAAAUGGGUUAACUACACAGUGCAAUCGAGUUAAAAAUCUGGCAUAUAAGACAAAGAAAAAAGUACAACUGCCUAAAAUUGUAAAAGAUGUAAUGGCCAUACAGUCCAACAAUGCAGAAUAUUUGUCUCUCUCAUGUGCUAAGAUAAAAUCGGAACAUUCUCAUAAAAUUCAGAAUGUUGUACAAUGUAACCCAGCUGACGAGGCUGUAGUAUUUAAUGAAAUUGGUGAAACGGUGGUACCAAUGUCUUCCUACAUGGAGGAAGUUCAAGUAUGUUCAUCUACAGACAAACAGGUUUGUGAUGAUGAGCAAACUGAUGUAAGUUUUUCCACAAAGCAACUAAGUGUAAACCAUUCUUGUAAAGAAAGUUCUAGAAUGAUCGAAGAUGAACAUGUCCAAGUUAAAAUGGAAUCGCCAACAAGUGAUGGUUACUGGCCUGAAGUUAAACAUGAAGAAUGUCUUGAAGAUAAUUCAACAGAGCAGAUCAGGCUCUGUGUUGCUGAUAAUCGGAACCAUUUUCCUGACAGUCAGAGUAUACGUGAUAACAGAUAUUGUGUUACCAUAUUUGCCUAUAAGUGUCACAUAUGCCAAACAGGCUUUGCAACAUUGCAUAUGUUGCAAGAGCAUAAUCGUGAACAGUGUUCAGAAAUAAUAAAAAAUGGACAAAGGCCUCCAGAAACUAGUACUAAUAUUCAUUGUACCAUUUGUCCUGACCUUAAACCAUUUGAAAAUGUGGAAACCUAUAGGCAACAUAUGAGAUUUCAUCACGUGACAUCCACACUGAAUGAUCUGUCCAAUGUGGUGUGUAUUAGGUGUGCACUGUGCAAGUCAAAAGAGGAAUUCACAAGUAUAAGCAGUUUAAAAAGACAUCUCGGGAUAGAGCAUCUUCUUGAUAUAGAUUUUGAAACGUGUUCAGACUAUAUCAUCAAGGAGUCUGCUGAAGUAGCAAGAACAAAAUAUGACUUAUGUAGAACCCAUGAAAACAAAGGAUACAAUUUGCCAUCUGCUUCUGACAAAAUAUUCUAUGUCUGUCGUAUUUGUGAUGAACCUUUUUCAGAACAUGGCCCAUUUUUGAAACACUAUAAUAAACAUCAGAGGCAAUCAAAAGCAAUUAAAAACACCCAAUCUAAAGGCUGGAAGAAUUUGAGUAAUUUGCUCGUUGAUAAAGCACUUAGUGUGAAUGAGCUUACUGUUGCACCAAGUAAUGGUUUAUUACUUAAUGGUGAAAGUGAUUGGUUCAAGUCCAGAACAGACUUAUUGAUUUCAGAUACAGCGCAGACUAAAGCAAAAGGUAAAUUGUUAGAAAUAGAAGAAGUGGAAAGUGUCUUCAGUGAUUACAGACAUGAAGAAGAGACGGACUGUCGUGUUACAGGUUUUGAGCAAUCCAAAGUAUAUAAUGGUGCUGAAGGAGGAAUAAGUAAUACUCCAGCUUCUGAGCCUGCUGGAGUAGUCAGGAUAGAACCAAAUAGUGCAUCACAUUCCAAGCUCUUGAGUACAGAAAAUGUUAUGGAAAAAGUAGUGGAUGCUUCAGACGCUGAGAACUCCAGAGUGAGUGUUACAGUGGGAGGAUUUGAAAUAGAAUUAGAUCAGCCUUUAGAUGAUAUAUACUUGACACCAAAUGACCACAAUCAAAAUGUGUGUAGUUUGGAAACCAGUAUGAAUGAAUUCAUAUGUAAAAUUUGUCACAAAUCAUUUUCAAAUUAUGUUCAACUGUUGCAUCAUAAUAAAGUUCAUGAACUUCUGCCAGAAACAACAAAGAAUAGAUCCCAGUGUCAAAAAGGACUGGGCCCAGCCAGAAAGAAAAUCUUUAAAUAUUUGUGUCCAAAAUGUGAUAAAGGAUGUUCCUCAGCUAAAGAAUAUGGCUGUCAUGUCCAAACACAUGGCAAACUUUUUUACACUGAAUCUGAUUUUUGGUUGACAACUGCUGAUAAUUUGGUAUAUGACUUGCAAAAACACAAAAGUCUCAGACAAAAUAUGGAACACACUGAGAGCAAAUGCACAAAAACAAAUAAAUGUAACAGAGAUGUAAAAAACAGCAAAUGCAGAAUUUGUUUGAUUUGUUCAAAAACGUUCAUAACGUAUUCAGGCUACAAUCAACACAUGGCACGUCAUGGUUUUAAAAAAGGAAGAAGCAAAUCUACUAAGAUGAGACGUCAAAAUGUGUCCCUGUGCAAACGUAAAUAUGUUCACCAAAUUGGAGAUAAAAUGGAUUAUAUGGCAGCUGAUACAAACACUGUAACUGGGGUUGUAAAGAAACAAAUUACAGGUACUACGAAACAACAGUACGAAACUGAUGUCAACAGUUCAGAAAUUUCUGCUAUUGAAGAAGAGUAUUUGGUUGUAGAUGAUAAUCAGACAGAAUUGAGUACAGUUCAACUACCUAUCAAGGAAGACUGCACUUCAAAAGAUGCUGAUUACUUUGAACUGGGUCAUAAUGAAAAACAACUUUGUAAAAUGACAGAUGGUAAUGAACCAGAAAUAGGUGUUCCUGGAGUAGAAACCGAGCUCAUUAUCUUCAAUUCAUUCAGUUUAUCUUCUGAUCGUUUUGAAAAUGUUGACAUUCUAACACGGAUUGAAUGUGAGAUGGCCAUGAAAGAAGAACCUGACCAGCCGUCCGAGGAAGACGUAUACACUCGAAGUGGCUUACCAGUUGAUGACAGUUACAAUACUGAAGCCUCUGACAUUAUCAAGGAUGACAAUUCUUUAAGAGAAAAUGAUGAGCAACUCAGUCCUACCAAGGGACAUGUCGAUAAUAGUUAUUGGGUCAGUGAUAUAGUAAAUACGUCAAAGAAUGAAAAUGGAAGGGUGGGUAGCAUAAGAAAAAUAGCACCAGAGGAUAUUCCGAACAAGCUCAGUUCUGGUGAUGAUAUCUGCAAUGAGGCGGGCCUGAAAGACAUGAGGGUGAAUGGUGAAGGCAGCUUAAAUCUUCGGUGCGAUAUUUGUACGAAAGUAUUGCCAACUUUGACCUUCAAGCGCAUUCACAUGCUGCUUCAUAAAAGUUCAAAAUUGAACACUUGAUUUAAUUUAUAACCUCAUUAUUUUUAAAUUUAAUACCAUUGCAGCAACAUCAUAUUAAACAUAUUUUACAACUACA